CCCCUCUCUCUUUUUUUUAUAAUUUUUUUUUGAUUUUCAUAUGCCACCCAAUACUUCUAUUCGGUCCACUCACGAAGACUUAGUGGAAGAAUCUUUAAUUAAAUCUACACCUUAUUUUGAUAUUGAAGUAUCUAGUUCUGCUCUUUUCGAAGGUGCCUUUAAAGUAGUUCAAAAAGUAUUUCCCAACUGGAAAUAUCAAGACAUCAAAUUCGUACAGUGUAAAGAUGGUAUCACGAAUCAAUUGGUCAGAGUGACUUAUGAACCCACUGAUUUCUCUUUACUUGUACGUGCUUAUGGUAAAGGAUCGGAAUUGAUUAUUGAUCGCAAACAAGAAGUAGUUAAUAUCAUUACUUUAUCUGCUCAAGGCAUGUGUCCUCCGCUCUACGCCAGAUUCAAAAAUGGCUUAGUCUAUGGAUUCAUUAAAGGCAAAGUAUCUACAGUGGAAGAAUUAGGACAAGAAAGAACUGCAGAAUGGAUUGCCAAGAAAUUAGCUCGCUGGCAUCAAGUGAACUUACCUCAAGACUUUAAGUCCAAUACUAAGAAACAAACAUUAUGGUCCACCAUGUUUAAAUGGUUAGAACAAGUGCCUGAAAAGUAUGAAAAUCCCCAGAUACAGUCUACAUUUGAAGCACAGUUUAAUAUCAAAGAGAUCAGAUCUGAGUUGGAAAUGUUGAUUCAAAAGCUUAAUCAAGUCAAUUCACCCAUUGUGUUUUCUCAUAAUGAUUUGUUGUAUGGCAACAUUAUUUAUGAUGAAGAAAAGCAAGAAGCGAAUUUCAUUGAUUAUGAGUACGGCUGUUAUGCUUUUAGAGGAUUUGAUAUCGGUAACCACUUUAACGAGUUUGCUGGUUUUGAGUGUGAAUACUGGAGAUACCCAACAAAAGAGUUUCAAAUGAAAUGGUACGACUGGUACUUGACUGAAUUCAACAAAGGAGUUCGACCUUCGGAACAAGACAAGGAACAACUAUUUAAGGAAGUAAAUGGCUUUUCUCUUGCUUCUCAUUUCUACUGGGGAUUAUGGGCUAUGAUCCAAGCCAAGAUUUCUGAUAUAGAUUUCAAUUAUAUGGAUUAUGCUGUGCUUCGUUUCAAUGAAUACCAUAAGCGUAAACAACAAGUUUUGACCAGUUUAGAACAAUAAUGUACACAUCUCUUUUUUUUUUUCAUCUUAUGCAUCAUACCAGUCUUUCUCUUUUUUUUUUUAUUCUUAUUAAUAAACUACACUAUUUAAUGGUUCGAAUAUUCA